GCGGCGGCCGGAGGCGGCGGCGAUGGGCAGCGAGGGGGAGCGGGGCCCGGCGGCGGCUCCGGGCCCGGGACAGGGCGACCCACGGGCGCUGCGGAGGGACUGCCAGCACCGGAUCUUCGUCAACCGGAGUCUGGCGCUAGAGAAGAUCAAGUGUUUCGGCUUCGACAUGGACUACACCUUGGCCAUGUACAAGUCCCCUGACUAUGAGGAGCUGGCCUUUGCCCUGCUGCUGGAGCACCUCGUCUCCAUUGGGUACCCCCACGAGAUCCUUGCCUACAAGUAUGAUUCCACCUUCCCCACCCGGGGGCUGGUUUUCGAUGCCCUCUAUGGGAACCUGCUGAAGGUGGACUCCCAUGGGAACCUGCUGGUCUGCGCCCAUGGCUUCCGCUUCCUCAAGGGGGCCGAAAUCCUCCACUAUUACCCCAACAAGUUCAUUCAACGGGAUGACAUGAAGCGCUUCCACAUUCUCAACACCCUCUUCAACCUCACAGAGGCCCACCUCUAUGCCUGUCUCGUGGACUUCUUCACCAACUGCUCCAGAUAUGUCAACUGCGACACAGGCUACAAGCACGGGAACCUCUUCAUGUCCUUCCGCAGCAUGUUCCAGGAUGUGCGCGAGGCCAUGGACCACGUCCACCUCUCGGGCUGCCUGAAGGAGAAGACACUGGAGAACCUGGAGAAAUACGUGGUGAAGGAUCCCCGUGUGCCGCUUCUGCUGAGCCGGAUGAAGGAGGUGGGCAAGGUCUUUCUGGCCACCAACAGCGACUACAACUACACUGACGCCAUCAUGUCCUACCUGUUUGACUUCAGCAAUGGGGACAAGGCCGAGACCACGCCGCGCCCCUGGCGAUCCUAUUUUGACCUCAUCGUGGUGGACACCCGCAAGCCGCUCUUCUUCGCCGAGGGCACCGUCCUGCGCCAAGUCAACACGGACACAGGGAAGCUGCGCAUCGGGACGUACACAGGCCCGCUCCAGCACUGUGCCGUCUACUCCGGGGGCUCCUCGGACGUGGUGUGCGACCUGCUGGGCGUGAAGGGCAAAGACAUCCUCUACAUGGGGGACCACAUCUUCGGGGACAUCCUUAAAUCCAAGAAGCGGCAGGGCUGGCGCACCUUCCUGGUGGUGCCCGAGCUGGCCCGUGAGCUGCAGGUCUGGACAGAGAAGAGCGAGCUGUUUGAGGAGCUGCGGAGCUUGGACCUCUUCCUGGCAGAUCUGUACCAGCACUUGGACAGCGGCAGCAGCGAGCGCCCGGACAUCAGCUCCAUCAAGCGUCAGAUCCAGAAAGUCACGCAUGAGAUGGACAUGUGCUACGGAAAGAUGGGCAGCCUCUUCCGCUGCGGCUCACGCCAGACACUCUUCGCUAAUCAGCUGAUGCGCUACGCGGACCUCUAUGCUGCCUCCUUCAUCAACUUCCUCUACUACCCCUUCAGCUACCUCUUCCGAGCACCCCCUGUCCUGAUGGCACACGAGUCAACAGUGGAGCACAGCCGCCUGGAUGCUGGGGAGGCAGGCACAGCCCUGGCACCCUGGCUGGCCCAGCACGGCCACCCUGGCCCGCAGGUGCGUGACUGGGGACAGAAGCACCUGGUGGCCAUGGGCACGAGAGUCCCAGCACCAGUACGCUGAUGCUGAUGGGGUCCUGUGCCCACUGAGCCCCCCACCUCCAUCUCAGGUUGCUGGGGUGCCCCAGGAUUCCAGCGGGGAGGAGGAGGAGGAUGAUGAUGGAGAAGCCUGAGCCCACCCCGGCACCAACGGCUGCUGAGCUGGCAGGUGCCAACCCCCAGGAGGGCAUUCGGUGGCCCCAGACCACUUGCGCUGACAGCCAGGCCGAAGCCACCUGCGGCCAGCCACCCCUUCCAGUGGCCACAGGAUGGCUGGUGGCCCUGCCCCGUGUCACGCCUCGCCCCAGUCCAGUGGUGCCCUUCUCCUGCCCGUGCCAGGAGCCGGGAGAAAGGUCCCCCAGAGCCUACAGGGAGCCUGUGCCCCCACCUUCACUCACGGCCCCCCCAGCCAGCAUCAGCUGCUACUCCCAACCAGCUCGAUUCCAGCUUGGAGCCACCCAAUGCUGGGCAGGGCUGGCAGCUCUGCUGUGCAGGGUUACUGCUGGAAUCCUAGUUUGUGCGGGUCGAUGGUCCCAGCAGCUCUGGUGUCUGGCCCCAGGCACCACGGUGCUGGGACCCUGCUCUGGGUGGAGGUGGGUGGAUGUUGCUCAAGCAUAGGAGGGCUCUGGAGGCAACUCCCGCUCCCUGGGAACUGCUUUUACCUGCUGUUUUCUACCCUUUUCUAUUUAUAAAAGAUACUCAAACUCCUGGCACCGCAGAGACAUGAUAUUGGCUAUUUUAAAGGAAAACUGCUUUGCCACUGAGCCUGGGAGGUGGGGGCAAAGAGCAAUUCCCAAAUCCUCAGACAGCAGCUGGGACAAGUGCACGCCCCCGCACAGCCCCCAAGACACCCCACCACCAGCAGCGCUGUCCUGCAUCCUGGGUGAAGGGUUGGGCCGGCCACGCUCCCCGGACCAGAGCCAGAUCUGUGCCAGGACUUCCAGAUACUGCUCUUAAGACUUCUUCCAGCAUCAAGGUUUCUCAAUAAAGUUGCUGAGCCAA